AAGAAGAACUUUGAGUUGUCGCUCAGACGGAGAGGAUAUAGUUUCAUGUUUUUGGAGCUCAACAUUGACAAAAAUGCUCAUUUGAAACAGAAAUUAUUCUUGCAAAGUUGAAUGAUAGUCUUUGGUAGCGUGCAUAUGUGGAAAAGGUGUUUGAGACAUUGAUAGCAUUGCACAGACAGCCGGCGGGGAAGAAUGGCUGGAAGUGUUGUGUUAACUGGCUAACUGCUAACGUUAGCACUAGCCAACUGACUGACUAGCUAGCUAAAUCGCCACAUUCACUGCGCAUGAACUCAUUGCUUUGGGAUUUAUUAGGACUGGAAAUAUAUAUAUAUUUUUGUGGAUACAGGAAGAACUUUCCAGUCCACACGACCAGCGCGUCAAACCCGUAGUUAACGAACAUGAUCAAAUUCAUAUACCGUAUCAAUGCAUGAAGUCAAGAUGAACAGGAAGAAGGACAAGGGAUUUGAGAGCCCGCGGCCUUUUAAAUUAACUCACCAGGUUGUCUGCAUCAACAACAUCAACUUCCAAAGAAAGUCUGUGAUUGGCUUUGUGGAGCUGACCAUCUUCCCAACUGUGGUCAACCUGAACCGGAUCAAACUCAACAGCAAGCAGUGCAGGAUCUACAGGGUCCGAGUCAACGACCUCGAAGCACCAUUCAUUUACAAUGACCCUACUCUAGAGGUCUGCCACCACGAGUCCAAGCAGAGGAACCUGAACUAUUUCUCCAGUGCCUACACGGCAGCAGUCAGUGCUGUGGACCCAGAUGCAGGACACGGCGAGCUGGUCAUCAAAGUCCCCUCGGAGCUGUGGAAGCAAGGAGACGAGAUGAAUGUGCUGAAGGUGUACAUAGAGUUCUCUCUGGACCAGCCUAAAGGAGGCCUUCACUUUGUGGUGCCUGACGUAGAGGGGAGCAUGGCUGAGAGAGGAGCACACGUCUUCUCCUUCGGAUACCAGAACUCCACAAGGUUCUGGUUCCCCUGUGUGGACUCGUACUCUGAGCUGUGCACCUGGAAGCUGGAGUUCACAGUGGAUGCCUCUAUGGUAGCUGUGUCCUGUGGGGACUUGGUAGAGACUGUCUAUACCCAUGACAUGAGGAAGAAGACCUUCCACUACGUCCUCCCCAUCCCCACCGCCGCCUCCAACAUCUCACUGGCUGUCGGGCCCUUUGAGAUCCUGGUCGACCCCUACAUGCAUGAGGUCACCCACUUCUGUUUACCCCAGCUCCUGCCCCUGUUGAAACACUCCAUGUCCUACCUGCAUGAGAUCUUUGAGUUCUACGAGGAGAUCCUGACCUGUCGAUAUCCUUACUCCUGCUUCAAGACUGUGUUUGUGGACGAGGCCUACGUCCAGGUGUCUUCCUACGCGUCGAUGAGCAUCUUCAGUACUAAUCUGCUCCACAGUGCCAUGAUCAUAGACCAGACCCCCCUGACCAGACAGUGUUUAGCUCAGGCCCUGGCCCAGCAGUUCUUUGGCUGCUUCAUCUCCAGGAUGUCCUGGGCUGAUGAGUGGGUUCUGAAGGGGAUCUCUGGCUACAUCUAUGGUCUGUACCUGAAGAAGACCUUUGGAGUGAACCAGUACCGCCACUGGAUCAAAGAGGAACUGGACAAGAUGGUGGAGUACGAGCUGAAGAUGGGAGGAGUUCUCUUACACCCGACCUUCGGUGGAGGCAAAGACAAGGACAACCCUACCCCUCACCUCCACUUCUCCAUCAAGCACCCUCACACCCUGUCCUGGAAGUACUAUAAGAUGUUCCAGUGUAAAGCCCACCUGGUCAUGAGGCUCAUUGAGAACAGGAUCAGCAUGGAGUUCAUGCUGCAGGUUUUCAACAAGUUACUAAGCCUGGCUAGUACAGCGUCCUCGCAGAAGUACCAGUCACACAUGUGGAGUCAGAUGCUGAUGGGUGUAUCCUUUAAGUCAAUCUCCAACAUUAAUGGUUAGGACAUAGGACCCCUCUUCAAGCAGUGGGUAGACCAGAGUGCGGUGGUGAAGUUCUUUGGCAGUUUUGCCUUCAACAGGAAACGGAACGUUCUAGAACUGGAGAUUCGACAGGACUACACCUCCUCUGGAACACAGAAAUAUGUGGGACCCAUCAAGGUGACAGUCCAGGAGCUGGACGGGUCCUUCAACCACACGCUACAGAUGGAAGAGAACAGCCUGAAGCACGACAUCCCCUGCCACUCCAAGAGCAGACGAAACAAGAAGAAGAAGAUCCCUUUGAUGAACGGGGAGGAGGUUGACAUGGACCUGUCUGCUAUGGACGCGGAUUCUCCCUUGCUGUGGAUCCGGAUCGAUCCAGACAUGUCCAUCCUGCGUAAGGUGGAGUUUGAGCAGGCAGACUUCAUGUGGCAGUACCAGCUCAGGUACGAGCGUGACGUCGUGGCCCAGGAGGAGUCUAUUUUAGCCCUGGAGAAGUUCCCCACGCCGGCCUCCCGACUGGCCCUCACUGACAUCCUAGAACAGGACCAGUGUUUCUACAAGGUCCGCCAGGGCGCCUGCUUCUGCCUCGCCAAGAUAGCCAACUCCAUGAUGAGCACCUGGACCGGUCCUCCAGCCAUGAAGUCUCUGUUCACCAGAAUGUUCUGCUGUAAGAGCUGUCCAAACAUCGUCAAGACCAACACCUUCAUCAGCUUCCAGAGCUACUUCCUACAGAAGACCAUGCCUGUAGCCAUGGCUCAGCUCAGAGACAUCCAGAACCUCUGUCCCAAAGACGUCCUUAACUUCAUCCUGGACCUCAUCAAGUACAACGACAACAGGAAGAACAAGUUCUCCGACAACUACUACCGCGCCGAGCUGAUUGACGCCCUCACCAACUCCCUGACCCCGGCCAUCAGCAUCAGCAACGAGGUGCGCACCGUGGACAACCUCAACGGAGACGUACGCCUCAUCCUGGAGGAGAUCACACGGUCUCUUAACAUGGAGAAACUACUGCCCAGCUACCGCAACACCAUCACUGUCAGUUGUCUCAGAGCUAUCCGGAUGCUCCAGAAGAAUGGUCAUAUUCCCAGUGAUCCCUCUCUGUUUAAAUCCUAUGCAGAAUACGGACACUUUGUGGAUGUUCGUGUCGCAGCGCUGGAAGCUGUGGUGGACUACACCAGAGUUGACAGGAGCUCCGUGGAACUGCAGUGGCUGCUCAACAUGGUCCAGAAUGACCCGGCUCACUACAUCAGACACAAGAUCCUAAGCAUGCUGGGUAAAAACCCUCCCUUCACCAAAGCAGCCGAGUCUCCACUCUGCAACGAGGCUCUGGUCGACCAGCUGUGGAAACUCAUGAACUCAGGUACGUCUCAUGACUGGCGGUUGCGGUGUGACGCGGUGAAUCUGUACUACACUCUGUUUGGUCUGACGCGUCCCUCCUGCCUGCCGCUGCCCGAGCUGGGCCUGGUACUCAACCUCAAGGAGAAGAAGGCCGUGCUCAACCCCACUAUCAAGCCUGAACAGGGACCAGACACCACAGAGAUGACUGGCAACACCAUGGGCGUUCAUAUCCCUGUCAUGGGCUUCACUAGCAGUUUCAACACCGUGGAGGAAGAUGAGAUUGACAUGGAGAGUCCCCAUGACAGCCAGGCAUUCAUCCACCACCAUCUCAACAUCCUGGAGAGGCCAUCCACACCAGGUCAGCACCCCGUCGAACAUCCUGCACUUAUAUCAUUCUGCUUUCAGACAAUCUAGUCCAUUUUUUUUCAAGAACACGAUGCACUUCUAGCUGAUUGGCAAUUCAGUACGUUAAAUCCGUCUCUUCCUGUCUCCUCUCUCCCCUCCUCAGGUAAGGAACCUCCAGCCGUGGACCAGGCCGUCCUCUCCCUGCCUGUCACCCCCUUACCUUCUUCCUUCAGCAAAGAGUCCACCUCUUCCUCCAAACAUAGCGGUGACCACCACCAUCACCACCACCACCACGAGCACAAGAAGAAGAAGAAGAAGAAGCACAAACAUAAACACAAACACAAACAUGAGAGUAAAGACAAGGAGAGAGACUCCCAUGCCUUCAGUAACAGCCCUGCUAGUGGACGCUCCGUGAGGUCUCCAUCCAUGUCUGACUAGAACACAGCUCUGCCUCCUGAUUGGUCCUUCAGUAACAGCCCUGCUAGUGGAGGCUCCGUGAGGUCUCCAUCCAUGUCUGACUAGAACACAGCUCUGCCUCCUGGUUGGUCCUUCAGUAACAGCCCUGCUAGUGGAGGCUCCGUGAGGUCUCCAUCCAUGUCUGACUAGAACACAGCUCUGCCUCCUGGUUGGUCCUUCAGUAACAGCCCUGCUAGUGGAGGCUCCGUGAGGUCUCCAUCCAUGUCUGACUAGAACACAGCUCUGCCUCCUGGUUGGUCCUUCAGUAACAGCCCUGCUAGUGGAGGCUCCGUGAGGUCUCCAUCCAUGUCUGACUAGAACACAGCUCUGCCUCCUGGUUGGUCCUUCAGUAACAGCCCUGCUAGUGGAGGCUCCGUGAGGUCUCCAUCCAUGUCUGACUAGAACACAGCUCUGCCUCCUGGUUGGUCCUUCAGUAACAGCCCUGCUAGUGGACGCUCUGUGAGGUCUCCAUCCAUGUCUGACUAGAACACAGCUCUGCCUCCUGGUUGGUCCUUCAGUAACAGCCCUGCUAGUGGAGGCUCCGUGAGGUCUCCAUCCAUGUCUGACUAGAACACAGCUCUGCCUCCUGGUUGGUCCUUCAGUAACAGCCCUGCUAGUGGACGCUCCGUGAGGUCUCCAUCCAUGUCUGACUAGAACACAGCUCUGCCUCCUGGUUGGUCCUUCAGUAACAGCCCUGCUAGUGGAGGCUCCGUGAGGUCUCCAUCCAUGUCUGACUAGAACACAGCUCUGCCUCCUGGUUGGUCCUUCAGUAACAGCCCUGCUAGUGGAGGCUCCGUGAGGUCUCCAUCCAUGUCUGACUAGAACACAGCUCUGCCUCCUGGUUGGUCCUUCAGUAACAGCCCUGCUAGUGGAGGCUCCGUGAGGUCUCCAUCCAUGUCUGACUAGAACACAGCUCUGCCUCCUGGUUGGUCCUUCAGUAACAGCCCUGCUAGUGGACGCUCCGUGAGGUCUCCAUCCAUGUCUGACUAGAACACAGCUCUGCCUCCUGGUUGGUCCUUCAGUAACAGCCCUGCUAGUGGAGGCUCCGUGAGGUCUCCAUCCAUGUCUGACUAGAACACAGCUCUGCCUCCUGGUUGGUCCUUCAGUAACAGCCCUGCUAGUGGAGGCUCCGUGAGGUCUCCAUCCAUGUCUGACUAGAACACAGCUCUGCCUCCUGAUUGGUCCUUCAGUAACAGCCCUGCUAGUGGACGCUCCGUGAGGUCUCCAUCCAUGUCUGACUGAGCUGUGAAACAUCAUCCUCAAGACUAGACUCCAACUGUCAGUGGUUCAACUCCUCUGAAUAGACCUUACUGGUUUUCUGCGUGUCAACUAGCCUGAAAUCCACACUAAAUAUUGCUUGUUUCAGAGCUAAGUUUAGUUUGA